GCGGCUCGGGCGGGUCGGCGGACAUCAGUCGAGCCGCGGGUUCCGGUGUGGUAGCAGCUCCCGUCCCCUGAGCUCCUCCCGUCCCUCGCCGUCCGUCGUCCGCCGCCGCGGGUUCCCCCUGCUGACGUCACAGCUGUGAGGGGAGAGGACCAAGUGUUGGUAGUUCGGUUCACUCGCCAUGGAGAGAGCACCGAUGGAGUUCGACUGUCAUCGCGCCGAUUCGUCGUCAGAGUCCAAGGCAGACAUGAAAAAGAACAACAAGCCCGUGAUGGAGAAAAAGCGCAGAGCCAAGAUCAACGGCUGUUUGGGCGAGCUGAAGUCCCUCAUACUGGACGCCCUACAGAAAGAUCCGGCGCGUCACAGUAAGCUGGAGAAGGCGGACAUUCUGGAGAUGACGGUGCGCCACCUGCAGAACGUGCAGCGCCAGCAGCUGGCCAUGGCCGUCGCCUUCGACCCGUCCGUCCUCACCAAGGUCAAGAACGGCUUCACAGAGUGCGGGCAGGAGGUGGCCAGGUAUGUGGGCCGUAUCGAAGGCGUCGACAACGGCGUCAGGAAGCGUCUUCUAGCGCACGUGGAGCGCUGCGUCUCGAAUCUUCAGCAGAUGACGCCUUUGUCCUUCUCCGCCAUGGCUUCCCCGAGCGUCAUGAGUGUUCCGGUACUGCCACCGCCAGCGCCGCCUAGCGGUGACCUCAACAACAACGGAGCGCAUGCGCGUCUUCUGGCCGGCCUGCAGACCUUGAUGGCCAAUCGUCUGCUGAAUGGAGAACUAGGACCUCCUCAGGCCACCCGUCCACCGGCCACGGCCACCAGCACGCCUCAGAGGAGCUUCGCGCCGCCAGCGCCAUCUCUUGGCGGCCGCGGAACUGGAGCUUUGACGCCGUCGGCGUUUGAGCGCGUGCGACCGUCAGCGGCGGGCGCUCAGUUGGUCCGUCCGAUUCCGAUCCCGCUCGAUCUGAAGAAGCGAGCGUUCGAGGCCGAGGCUGAGAGCGAGGGAGAGAGACCGGUCAAGCGGCAGCGGGUGCCGUACAGUGAGAGCAGCGAGGAGUCAGAAGUCAGUGACCUCGGCGUGGACCGGAAACAGGCCGAUGACAUGUGGAGACCGUGGUGAGGAGAGACGGCGGAACUCCGUGCCCUAUCACUGUGAUAUCAUGUGAGCUGUUGUGAUCAAGUACAACGACAUAGAAAUAUUGAUCAAGUACAAAACAACGAUAAAAAUGCUAGUUUUUAGUCGCUUGCUUUGUAGUUUAAGUAUGAGUUACGUGCAUGUUUUUUGCUGUGCGCUGUAAGAAUGGGGCGCUCUUGAAACGUUCCUGCUAUGAAGUCGUCAUUCUUUUGUAAAUAUUUGACGUUUUAUGGUCAUGUCUUACAGCGUAAGUGCAGUUGCGUCCUCCAGCAACCAACAUUUACCUUUGCAUGUAAGCUGUCGACAUGUGUGCGCGACAUGUGUAAAAGAACCCAUAUAAGUUGCAUACGUUUGAUGGUUCUUCGCCGUGCAUCCGCUUGCAUUGUUACCGUGCGCGUGACUAUGUUCUGUGAACCGUUGGUAUGAGCCCGUGUGCGUCACUUUUGUGGCAGUUGGCUGGUUGAAAAAAUCAAUAAAAGAAAUGUUU